AUGUCUGCUCUUCGAUCCCAGUUUGGUGCCGGUCUCAAGGAACUCCGCGUUCAGUUCUGCCAGACUUCCCCUUCUAGCAGCGGUCUCCGUGAUUUCAUUGCCAAGAACUACUCUUCCAUUAAGUCUGCCAACCCUAAUCUCCCCAUUCUUAUCCGUGAGGCAAGUGGCGCUGAAGCUCGUAUCUUUGCCCGAUUUGACAAGGGCAUUGAACAAAAGAUAGUUUUCCAGAACAAGGCAUCAGAAGAGAUUGAAAAGACCUUGGCACAGUUGGUCAAGUCUGCUUAA